GGGUUUUGAAGCGCUCGUUACAUUAUCCACAUCACAGCCGGUGACGUUUGUAUCCUGGUCAUUUGAAAUUCAAAUAUUUCUCGUUCACUCAAACCCUCCUCAUAAAACCCCAAUCACAAACGCUCAUCAUCAACGGUCGAAUUCUUAAAAGUCUUGUCUCUCUCUCUCUCUCUCUCAUCUAGCUUUCUCUUUCUCUCUCUCUCUCAUCAAGUUUGAACCCUGUGAUCUCUCAAUUCCUCUCUCUCAUCAAGUUUGAACCCUGUGAUCUCUCAGAUAGAAGGAUUCGUCUAAUAAUUAACAUAAUUUUGGGUGCAAUUGCAAGAUCGCUUGCUCAGUUACAAUUGCAUCAAUAUGUCUAAUCUUCAAAACGACCCACUUUUGCAAUUGGAAACAACAUGUGAUGUGCCCCAUAUGACUUGUUGUCUUCAUAUGAACCCCAAAUGAUCAUCAUGCUAUGUUUGGGAGCACCAAAUCAGCGGCUUAGAUUUGGAAUUGGAAGAAAUUUAGUUAAAACUUUGAAUUGAAUUUCCUCCAAUCCCAAAUCCAAAGCACCAAUUCGGGACGCAACAUCAGUUUUUUCAUUAACUUUAGAGGCCUUUGCUCCAUAAAAAAUAGGGUGUUCAAUUUCUUGUUAAGGUCUUCUGUGCUAAAAGUUGAACAUUUUACUUUUCUGUUGGAUCAACCUAAUGUUUUACUAUUUUCUAGUGCAUUCUGUUCUGGAUGUUCUUAUAGAGACAAUUGUUAUUGACAGUUACAAUUGCAUCAAUAUGUCUAAUCUUCAAAACGACCCACUUUUGCAAUUGGAAACAACAUGUGGAUCUCUUCUAUAUGAACUCCAGAUAAUAUGGGAUGAAGUUGGGGAAAACGACACCGAAAGAGACAGAAUGCUUCUCGAGCUUGAACAAGAGUGUCUGGAAGUAUACAGAAGAAAGGUAGACCAGGCGAACCGAUGUAGAGCUCAGCUACGACAGGCAAUUGCUGAUUCUGAAGCAGAACUUGCAGCCAUCUGUUCCGCAAUGGGGGAGCGACCAGUACAUAUUAGGCAGUCUGAUCAAAGUCCUGGAAGCUUGAAGGAAGAGCUUAAAACCAUUAUUCCACAACUAGAGGAGAUGCGGAAGAGGAAAUGUGAAAGAAAGAAUCAAUUUGUCGAAGUUCUAGAGCAGACACAGAAGUUAUCAAAUGAGAUUUAUAGUUCCUCCGAAUAUACUCUUUCCAACACUAUUGUGGAUGAAACUGAUUUGUCUUUAAGAAAGCUAGAAGAAUUGCACAGAGAGCUGCAUGCACUUCAGAAGGAAAAGAGUGAUCGCAUGGAGCAGGUUCUGGACCACCUGAAUACUUUGAAUUCACUGUGCUUAGUGCUUGGUAUGGAUUUCAAUCAGAUGGUUACUGAGGUUCAUCCCAGUUUAGUUGAUUCUGAAGGAUCAAAGAACAUAAGUAAUGCUACGAUUGAGCAGUUGGCAACAGUAAUAGAAAGGUUGCGGGAGGUUAAAAAACAGAGGAUGCAGCAGCUUCAAGAUCUUGCAACUUCCAUGUUGGAGCUAUGGACAUUGAUGGAUACACCUAUUGAAGAGCAACAGAUGUUUCAGCAUGUUACCUGUAACAUAGCUGCUUCAGAACAUGAGAUAACAGAGCCCAACAUGCUUUCCGUGGACUUCAUUAGUUAUGUUGAGGCAGAGGUGUCUCGGCUGGAAGAGCUGAAGGCUAGCAAAAUGAAAGAGCUUGUUUUGAAGAAAAGGUCAGAGCUGGAGGAGAUUUGUAGGAAGACACAUAUGAUUCCUGAAUCAGAUAGUGCCAUGGAUAUGGCUAUUGAAGCUAUUGAGUCUGGAGCUGUGGAUCCUGGUUGUGUCCUUGAAGAAAUGGAGCUCCAAAUUUCUAAAGUAAAAGAGGAAGCGUUUAGCAGGAAAGAAAUACUGGAAAAGGUUGAGAAAUGGUUGGCUGUAUGUGAUGAGGAGUGUUGGCUUGAGGAGUAUAACAGGGAUGAAAACCGAUAUAAUGCUGGAAGAGGUGCUCAUCUUACUUUGAAGCGCGCUGAGAAAGCUCGUGCUUUGGUUAAUAAACUUCCAGGAAUGGUGGAGGCGUUGGCUUCAAAAACCACAGCAUGGGAGAAUGAGAGAGGCACUGAGUUCACUUAUGAUGGCAUUCGACUUCUUUCUAUGCUUGAAGAAUAUACUAUUUUACGGCAAGAAAAAGAGGAAGAACGCAAAAGGCAGAGGGAUCAGAAGAAACUUCAGGAGCAGUUAAUAGCAGAACAGGAGGCACUUUUUGGAUCAAAACCAAGUCCUAUGAAACCCCAGAGUGGAAAAAAAGGUCCUAGAUUGUCAACUGGUGGAGCAAGCAAUAGAAGACUUUCCCUUGGAGGAGUAAUGCUACAAACUCCUAAAGCUGAUCCUCUGCACCCCACAAAAGCUACUCCCAAUACACGUCAAACAAAGAAGAAACAAAAUGACCGAUUGAAUCACCACCAAGAUGAUGGUUUUGCAGCUCUAUCAGCUGGUAGGAGAGGCUUGGACAUUGCUGGUCUCCCUGUAAGAAAACACUCUUUUAGUGCAGCAAAUGCUCGUGGAGUAGAGUCAACACGAAAGCCCUUCUCACCAAUCUCGUCCACAGAAUCGUCGAAGUCCAAUGCAACAAAUUUAUUGGAAGAUCUGAACAGAAAACAUAGUGAUACGUUACAGAAAGCACUUCCACCAAUUAACAAUGCAUCAUUCACUACACCUUUGAAAACAAUUUCUCCAGAAGAGGAGGAAAACAGGACUCCUAAAGCAAUGCCAUUUGCUAUUCCCACUACACCUUCAACAGUAUCAGUUCCAAUGCAGACGACCACGACCCCAGCUCCUUCUCCUCUGGUCCCUUACAGUGCUAAUCAAGUCGAAGAAAUUGAAUACUCCUUCGAGGAAAGAAGAGCUGGAUUUGUUCUUCCUAGAACACACCUAAAGACACUGGUACAAGUUUAACUUCUUACCAACUUUGGAGCGAUUGCGAAAAUCAUAUUUUGUUGUUACUGAAUGCUUUUAUUGUAUUUGUUUAAACCUCGGGAUUUGAGAUGGUGAUAAGUCAAUUAUAAUUGGCUUCUCUAAGGUGUAUAUAGUCUACGAGCACUGAAUGUAGACUAGGUUGUUGGAAUUGUUCUUUCUUUGUUGAAUGUGAGCUUCUCUUUAUAGUUCCGAUUGACUCUUACUGUUGGCAUGAGAACAUGUUCAAGAUGGUUUGAUGUGAUUGUAUGUAGUACAGCGGACAGUAAAGUUUUGAUUUAUCACCA